AUGAUCGGGGGCCUGGGAGGGCCUGUGUCGGCCCUGGGAGGGGCCAAGCACAGACGGCCCUUGCAGCCGGCACCCCAGCUGGGGGGCAGCCCUGGGCACAGGGGAGCAGGUGCACUGCGGGCUCCCCAGGAGCACUGGGGGCCCGGCCUGGAGGCAGCGAGAGCACAAACCAACCACACGGCGAAGUCGGUGACGCGAGGUGGCGUUCCGUCUGACACUUUCUCCCUCCAGGCGAAGUCGGUGACGCGAGGCGGCCUGAGACCAGCCGCCGCGAGCGCCACAGCGCCCCGGGCGCCCAGGCGAACGCGAACGGCCCCCUGCGGGAGUANGCGGAGGCUGUACUGCAACGUGGGCAUCGGCUUCCACCUCCAGCUGCUCCCCGACGGCCGCAUCGGCGGCGUGCACGCGGACACGAGUGACAGCCUGCUGGAGCUGUCGCCGGUGGAGCGCGGGGUGGUGAGCAUUUUCGGGGUGGCCAGCCGGUUCUUCGUGGCCAUGAGCAGCCGGGGCAGGCUCUACGGCUCGCCUUUUUUCACCGACGAGUGCAAGUUCAAAGAGAUCCUCCUCCCCAACAACUACAACGCCUACGAGUGCUACCGGUACCCUGGCAUGUUCAUCGCCCUGAGUAAGAACGGGAAGACCAAGAAGGGGAACCGGGUGUCCCCCACCAUGAAGGUCACCCACUUCCUCCCCAGGCUGUGA